CAUUGGAUUCUGAUGAACACUCGUCAUGGCCGGCCCUCGGGCGUGUUUGUUCGCGCCUGAGGAGCUCGGUGGCUUGCUUAUUCGAUCGGGUGGGCGCUGGAAGCUCUGGAAGGAGCGCGAAGCGGCUGUGGAGCUCUAUCACAAUGACGAGAAGGAGACCUACACGGCAGCUUGCUGGGCACCGCCUUCACAGGCCUGGCUGGUGCUGGGCUGCGCCAGCGGCCGGCUGCAGUGUUGGGAGGCAUCUGCUGAGCUUCUGUGCCAGGCAGAGGCCUUCCGCACCUUGGCUCGAGGUGCCGAGAGCAGCGUGACCGCGCUGGCCGCGGUCGCCAAGCGCGGCACCGUCUUCGCGGCCUGCGCGGGAGUGCCGGAAGUGCUGGAGGUGGGGGUGGCGGAUGGCAUGACGAGAAGCUCCUUCCGCAGUGGCAAGACCGGACUCUGUGGACUGGCGGCCACAUCCUCUGAUGCAGAUUGGCUCUUGAGUGCGUCUCCUGGAGCUCCUUUGAAGCUUUGGCGCUUGCCAGCUGCCGGGGCUGUUCUGACAGAUCUGAAGAAGGCGAAGAAGCGCUUCAAGGGCCCAGCGCAGAGUGCGACCUGCCUGGAGCUCCUCUGCAUAGAGAGGCACAUCUACGCGCUGUGCGCAGAUGGCACUGCACAGGUGGAAUUCUUUGAUGCUGAUAUGGACAGCGAAGGAGAGAACGGCAAGCAAGCGCCUGCGACCUCAACGCGUGUCCUUUCAUGCCAUGAACGCCUUGGAGAUGUGCGCCUGGCCAGACACAAAGCAGGUGGUUCACUGGGCCUCUUGGCAAUAGGCUACGGGGCUACCAUCCUGGCAUGCUGGACCUUCGAUGCAGGUACACAUGCAGCAAGAACAGUUGUUCCCACCUUCACCGUAUCGAAAGCAGAGCUGGGAGGGUCAGUCUUAUGUGCACGAGGAGUGAAAGGGCGCGACAGCGAGUUGUGUCUGCUGGUGGCGCACGGGCCGGCGGCGCGGCCCUCGUUCAGUCAGGUAUCCCCGCCAAAGUCCAAGAAGGGUGCUGCGCUCAUCGACUCAUUGGCACCUGCCGGGGCUGAGCCAAGUGGAAAACCAGAGAAGAAAUCUGUCCCAGCUCCAACCGUCUUGGGACCAGCGGAGCUGGCAACGCGCAAGCGGCUACGAACGGAGGAGGUCGCUGCCGUGAAAAGGCAAAAGCAGCCAAUUCCUCGAAGUCGACCAGAGACAGCAGGCAGCAACCUGUCACUUGCCCCAGUGCUUCGACAAGCCCUGCGCUCCCAGGACAGCAUAUCCUUGAGCAAGACGCUGACGCUUCGCGAUCGGGUGUUGAUGGACACAUCGGUGUCUGAGCUGUCUGGCGUUGAAGCUUUUGAUCUGCUACAAGAGUGCGCAAAGCGACUCUUGGACAAACCUCCAGACUCAUCGGUUUACUGCGCUUGGAUCCAGCGGGUGCUGUUCCAUCAUGGUACCUUCAUCCGAUCACAGCCCGCACUGAUAGACGCGUUGAGGCCCGUGUUUGAAGCGUGUAUGGCCCGGUGUGCCUUCUACCGCGGCCUGCAGCGGUUGCACGGCCGCCUGCACGGCCUUGUGGUGCAGGGCCGCAAGGCCUUGGAGCAGCAAGUAGUGGAAAAGAGUGCACGUGCGCCUUUGUUGGAGUACGUGGAGGGCGAUGAAGACAUGGAAGAAGCCCAGGAAGACGAUGACGAGAGAGAUGCCCAGGAGGAGGAUGAGGAUGAACUUGAUAGUGGAUCUGAUGAGAUCGACUUCAAUGACGCGGACAUAGAUGAUUUAUUGGAUGAGGCUGACUGACGUGAGCUCGGUGAGGAAGCCCGUUGGGACUCAUUCAACAUCGAGCAGUCUCUUGAGAUUUGGCGCUGGCAAGUAGUUGGAUUUCAAGCACAUAUUUCCGAAAGGACGUUAGCACACCGUAGCCACUGCGUGCAGCAGCGCAGCUAAAGAGCUGGGUACAAGACUGGCGCAGCUUCAGACCGGUGCU